GCUCCGUUGGUUUGGCCGGAAAGCCUGGACCUGCCGGAGACCCCGGCCGACAGGGCGCCGUGGGUACGCCCGGUGCCCGGGGUCAAGAUGGUCGUCAUGGACCCGUUGGCAAGCCAGGCAUUGCUGGUCACCCUGGACAACGCGGCCUUCCCGGCAGUCUCGGUGCGUCUGGACACAAAGGUGCCGCCGGGCUCCCGGGCCCAAUAGGAGAGCGUGGUCUGCCCGGCUCGAGAGGCGACCGCGGCUCCCCUGGGCCGCCCGGAAUGAACGGUACCGAGGGUCCCCCGGGACCUGUUGGCGCCCCCGGGGCACAGGGUCAACACGGUCCACAAGGGGACCCUGGCUUGAAUGGGGAACGCGGGGAGAUUGGAGAAAAGGGUGUGCAAGGGCUUCCGGGGGCCGUGGGUCCCAGGGGCUCGCCCGGAAAGGAUGGAAUUCCCGGAGCUAUGACACUCGUGGCAAUGUGGCGUAGUGGCUGUUGCUAG